UUAUCCUGAUGAUAUAAAUAAUAAUAAGAUACCAUCUGUACACACACCAUCACUUUAUUCACGGAAUCCUAACAAGAAGCAACAACAACAACAACAACAACCAGAGGUCAGGAUCUUUGAUCUUCUUUGAGGAUUUUCGAGCGAUGGCUUCGAAGCGGAUCUUGAAAGAGCUCAAGGAUCUUCAGAAAGAUCCUCCUACCUCUUGCAGUGCAGGCCCGGUGGCAGAAGACAUGUUUCACUGGCAAGCAACAAUUAUGGGUCCUCCUGAUAGUCCUUAUUCCGGUGGUGUCUUUCUAGUUACCAUCCAUUUCCCCCCAGAUUAUCCUUUUAAGCCACCUAAGGUAGCUUUCAGGACGAAAGUUUUCCACCCGAACAUCAACAGCAAUGGUAGCAUUUGUCUUGAUAUUCUGAAAGAACAGUGGAGCCCAGCUCUUACUAUCUCUAAGGUAUUAUUGUCAAUAUGCUCCCUGUUGACGGACCCAAACCCAGACGACCCCUUGGUGCCCGAGAUUGCUCACAUGUACAAAACUGACCGGAACAAGUAUGAGACGACUGCACGAAGCUGGACUCAAAAGUAUGCCAUGGGCUAGUUGUGCUGCCCAAAGGUAUGGGAUGUUGUGAGAAGGGCUUCUUUUCCCUUACCUUUUGGUCUCUGUUUCUUUCAUUAUUAUUAUUCCUAAAAGUGUUGGAGUUGAUGAAAACUGUGAAUUGUGUUUAAUUGUAAGAUAGACUUGGAAAAGUAAAAAUGUUCUGUUCUCUUUUGAUUUCAUUUUCUAUAAAAAUUUCAACUUUUUGA